AGUAGCCAUCAGUUUAGUCUGGAAAUUCGUCGAGUUCACUUCGUAACAUUUAACACAUCUAAUCUCUCGCUUAUAUACAAAGUUAUUUGUAGGAAGAAAAAAAUAACUUUUUUAAAUUAAUAUUUUGUGGAAAGUUGAUUUAAUAAUAAUUACAAAUAAAAAUGAGUACAGAAACGAAUGAAUUCGCUGUUCCUGAAGUUGUAGGCGACGGAGAAAAGGAUGCUAUUAAAGAAAUCAAAGCCACAAAACGACCGGCAGAAGAAAAAGUCACAGAAACAAAAAAAGCUAAAAAAGAAGAAAAUGGUGACGGUGACAAUGAUGCUGAAAAUGACGAUGAAGAAGUAGAUGGCGAAGACGAAGAAGAUGGUGAAGAUGAGGAGUAUGGUAUGCCAUUAGAAGAUGAAGACGAAGAAGAUUUCGACGGCGAAGAUGGUGACGACGCAGAGGAAUGUGAAGAAGAGGAGGAGGAUGACGACGAAGCGUAAUUGUCAACGUACAUAUGUUUUUACACACAUAUAUAUAUUUUUUUUUAAAAUAAAAAGAACAAUUGCUAAAAGUACAGCGACUGAACGAACGUAAAUUAUAUAUUGAUUAUAAUAGCAAAAAGUCUUUUGAGUGAAGUGUGUUAAGUAUAUUAAAUCAACAUUCGUACAUUAAUCUGGAACAGUAAAAAAACAAAAAGAGUUACAAGUAUUUGAUUUAAAAUGGAAAAAUAAAACAACAACAACAACAAAAUUUGAAGAUAAAAAAUAAAUAAAUAAAUGGUCGUCAACGGUAGAUAUUUAUUUUUGCACCCUAAUCAUUAACGUUUCUAUUCAGAUUUUUUUUAAAAUUAUUAUUUAUAAAAUUAAACUUUUUUUUGUCAUCGUUUUUAAUUGUAAUGUACCAUCUUACUUCACAAUAAAAUUGACUCCACUCAUGUGUCGUAUAAAAAUAGCAAAAAAGAGAAUAAAAACAAAACAUUUUAUAAAAUUUCUGGUAAAUCUUUGUAACUUUUGAAUUAGUUUUUAAUCACAAAUUAUUGGUUUCUAAAUAAUUUUUUUUUUUAAAUAAAUUAAUUUCUUACUGUAAUUGAAAUUGUGUUUUUUUAUUAUUUUGACAAAUAUAUAUUGCUGCUCUGGAUUGGAAUGUGUUUUGAAAGAGUGUUAGUGAAGAGACAUCUCGGCUCAGUUAUAAAUGUAACUGGCCUUGAGGGCAAUGUCAAAAUGAGAGAAGAAAAACAGAAAAAAAUUGUAUUUCGAAAAGUUCGAACUUUAAAUUUCGAUACUCAUUUUUGACAUUUCCCUCACGGCCAGUUAAAUUUAACUGAUCUUCUCUCCGUUAACAGUCUAUUGCGAAAAGAAAGCUACCACUAGCAAACAAAAAAAACUAAAUGUGAAAACCGAUCAUAUAAGAAACAGGGUUUACAAUAUCUCGAAUUAAGGAAAUUCAUUUUUGCGAAAUUUCUUUAUAUCGAGAAUGUCGAAACGAAUUGUUGAAAGAAAGAAAUUAUUUUUUUUAUUGAAAAAUUCUAACCCUUGAACAUAGUCCAGUCCCUUGUGUCAAUCCGCUCGCAUUACGUUUUUUUUUUCGAGCUUUUCAGUUAUCCUAUGUGAUUGGGAAUGAAAAGUUUUCUUUUUCGAAAAUCGACUUUUCGAGUACUUUUUAUUGUGACACAAGGGUCUGGACUAGAAAUGACGCUGGUGGUCCUUUUUUUCGACAAAUAAAAAAUUAUUUUAAAAUCUAUAUCCAGUCACACGGUCCAAUUAAUAUUUUUGUUUAAUUUAAGUUGAAAACAAAUUAUUAUUUUAGAAUUAUCCAUUUUUCUUAAAUUAAUUUAUUUUUUAAUUCUUGAAGUUAUUGGGAGUGAAAAGAAAUGAAAUUAAAAAAAAUUAAAUCUAAAAUAAAUGAAAAUGAAAAUCGCAUUUCCACUGGCAAUAUAAAUAAAUAAAAAAGAAAAAUAAUUAAUUAAAUGACAAAAUGUAGAUUAUCUCAUUUUUACUUUUCGUUCGUAAUGAUUCGUUGCAAUUGAUACAAUUGAUACUAAAAAAAAACAAAAAAAAAAUCCCUCUUUUUGUGUUAGAAAUACAGAAAAAAAAAUAUUUUGCAAAGAAUUUGUGAAGUAUUUGUAAUUUGUAAAACAUUUCUUUUGUUCGUUAGUAUAGUAGAAGAAAUUUUCAAACACAAACACGUAAUUUUAAACGUAUAGAUAUUUUCAGACUAAAAUUUGAAAGACAUUUAAUUUAACCUGUAUUAAUGGGAAGACAUUUUAGAAUUUGAAAUGUCUUGUGUGGUUAGACAAUGAUAUGGGUAAAUUAUAUGGAAUGUAAACAAAACAAAAAUAACAAAAAAAAAAGAAUUUGUCGCAGAAUCCCUUUUUUUGAAACAAAGUUUUACUUAAAAAAUUCAAACCAAUUUUUACCAAAAACACACAAACAAAAUCAUCAGCGAGAAAAUUUUAUUUAUUAAAAGAAGAAAGAAAAAAAAAACAAUAAUUUUGUAAAUCGCCAAAACUUAAACGUAAACAACCACCCCCCACACAACAUCUAUAAUAGACUAUUGAAUUACAGUUUUACCUUCUUUUUUUUGUUAUUCCAAUUGUAC